AAUGCAAGUAUGGAUGAUGACCCUUAUAAAUACCCCGUUUACUUUGAGUGUUCGAGCCUGGACGGUGAGCAGAAGAAGAGGGUAGAAAACUACUUUCAGAUUCGCCGGAGAUCAGGCGGAGGGGAGUGCGGUCCGCUGAGGAGAGCGACUGAAAAAGUUUAUACAGUCGCUUUCAGAGAUAAAACAGAUCAGCAAAGAGUUCUGCAGAAGUCUGAGCAUGUGUUGGAUUUGGCAACUGGUCUUCUGGAACUCACCAUCCAUGAUGACCCGGGGCACUCCUCAAAACUGACACCAAGUGGUGUAGAACAUGAACUACAGCUGGACCCCUACCUCAUCCAUUACCUGAAGGAACAUCCCAGAGCUGGGAGGGAGCUAGAUGAAGAACUUGCAUCUGUGGCCAGCUCUGUGCAGCUCCACCCAGAUGAAGGGAGGGUAUUGGUCAAGGGCUUUAUCCCAGAUACAGAUGAAGUUCAACAAUGGAAAGCUAAGAUAGAAAAAGUCUUUGAACAGAUCAAAGAACGAUAUCUUUGCCACUUUGAGUUGGACCCACACAAAAUCAGCAUUCUGCUUUGCUCCCGUGGCUCUAGUCAGGACACAGAUGAAGUGAGGGUGUACAGCCAGGUCGGAGUGGCUGUGGUGGUUGGGGAGCAUUCCCAGGUGCAAACCAGACUGAGGGAUGUGGUGGACUCACAUGUCACAGGCCAAGGGUCAGGUGUCAGUCAGAAGCAAACUACAACUCGUCGAUUAGGCGAAGCAAAACUCCGCCUCCUCUGGGAGGACAUAGAACACAGUCUAAGGCAGGACAUCCCUGGAGUGAAGGUCACAAAAGGAGAUGCAGGUCAGUUAGUUUUGGAAGGCUCUUUGGAGGAGAUUGUUCAAGCUGGAGACAUUGUUUCCAAGAAGGAGAAUUUGGUCUUAGAGAGGAUGGUUUCUUGUGUGAGUCCACAUCUUUUGGCCUUCAUGAGAAAAGAGCAUGGGGGUGUUGGGAUGCUAGGCAAAUUUUUAGGGGUUGGCAGCAACGUGGAAAUAGAGCUAAGGGACACUGAACUACUUCUGUUCACCCUCUGCUCUGAUAAACUGGAUGAAAUUGAAAAGGCAGUGCUGGACAAGUUCAAGGAAGAAAAAGUUGAUGUCCCAGACUGCUCUGCUGUGCCAUCUGAGCUUAAAGAGAAACUUGAGUCCAAGGCAAAGGAAAUGAACCAAGGAAGAUGUAGGGUUGUGGUAAGGUUUGCCUCAGGUAGCAAGGUUUGUUUACUAGGCCACAGCAAAGAGGUUGAGGAGCUGAGUGAGGUUAUCAUACAGUUUAUUUUGGACCAGUCCAGUCAAAAUUCCUUAGUUCAGAAGACAGUCACUAUUGACCUGCCUGGAAACACAACUGUUGCCACAUACUGCCUUGAUAGUGGACUCCAGGUGCUGGUGUGCCAGGGUGACAUCACCAAAGAGCAUGCUGAUGCCCUGGUGAAUGCAGCCAAUGAGGAUCUUGAUCAUGUUGGAGGUGUGGCUGCUGCGCUUAGUCAUGCAGGUGGUCCUCAAGUGCAGGAGGAGAGUAGUGCUCUAGUAAAGCAGGUUGGGAAAAUCCCAACAGGUGAUGCGGUUGUGACCACAGGGGGGAACCUAAAUUGCUAUAAAUUGCUGCAUGCUGUUGGGCCUGUGCAGGGGAGAGCAGGUGGCCGAGAGAGGGAGUUGCUGGAAAAAGCUGUCUGCUCUGCUCUGAACUUAGCAGAGAUGAUGGAGUUCCAGUCCAUAGCAAUUCCCUGUAUUAGCUCAGGUACAUAUGGCGUUCCUAUCAGAGUAUGCACUGAGGCCAUUGUGGCCGCUGUUAAAAGGUUUGGGAGACAGGGGCAAGGUCUGAAUAAAGUAAUCCUGAUAGAUAACCGAGGUGAGGUGGUGGGGGCCAUGCAGGAAGCAUGCAACAGGCUUCUGCAAGGGAAAAAUACAGGAAACCGUACAAUCAGGGAUCAUAGGUCCUGGAGUGGUCCCAGUACUGCCAUCCAAGACCCAGUGAGAGGAGCUACAGCUGGGUCUGCUGGUGACAGUGUCCAGGUGGAGAUUGUCCAAGGACUCAUUGAGAUUCAGCAGUCGGAUGCCCUUGUAUCUCCUAUGUUUGGCCGCAAUCCUCUCUCUACUCGCAUCGGACAUUGCUUGUACAAUUUGGUCGGACCUCAGCUGGUUACCAGGUUUGAUAAUGAAGCAGGAGCAUCAACACCCCCAGUUGAAAUUGUCCCAGUGGAGGGCUUACCUGGACUUCCAUGUGGCUGUGUAUUUUUCCUCAACCUCCUUCCUUGGGAUGAUCAACAAGGAACAGCCAUCCAGGUUCUGAGGCAAGGAAUUGGCAACAUCCUGGCCUUCUGUGACAACCGAGGCUUUAGUUCUGUUGCUGUUCCAGCACUUGGCACUGGAGCUGUUCUUCGUUUUCCUCAUGCUGUGGUGGCCAGGGUUCUGCUGGAGGAGAUCCAAGCAUAUGAACAGAACCGGACCAGGAGAACACCAUUCAUGGUUUGCAUCAUCAUUCACCCCAGUGACACAGAAUCUAUCAAGACCUUCCAGUCUGCCCAGGAGGUUGUGCAUCUCAGAAGAUUCAUGGACAGUGCUCACCCAGACCAAGUGGACACAACAAGGAUUGUCCUGCUGGGGAAAACUGGAGCUGGGAAAAGCAGCCUAGCAAACACCAUAUUUAAAGACACUGUAUUCGAGACAGGCAGUUCUCCACAAUCCCAGACUAGUGUUUGUAAAGCAGAGUCCAGAUCUGUCAAUGGCAGAAGCGUCACUUUGAUUGACACCCCUGGAUUCUUUGACACAGAGAAAACUGAGGAGCAGCUGAAGAAAGAGAUAGUGAAGUGUGUCUUAGAGUGUGCUCCUGGGCCUCAUGCUUUUCUCAUCGUGCUCAAACUGGGGAGACACACAGAUCAUGAGGAAACCGUUGUCAAAAAGAUUUCCCAAUAUUUCUCUGAAGAAGCUUUCAGAUAUGCUACAGUUGUCUUCACCCAUGGUGAUGACCUCCAUGAAGGAAUGCAAAUUCACGACUUUGUCAAUCAGAGUGAAAGUCUGAGGGAACUUGUGGAAAAGUGUGGUCGCCGGUUUUGCGUUGUUGAUAAUAAAUGUUGGAAGCACAACCAGCAGGAUCCCUACAGGAGCAACAAGUUCCAGGUGGCUCAGCUACUCUGUGCAAUAGACAAGAUAAUUGAGGACAACAAUGGAGGCUGCUACACCAAUGAGCUGUUAGAGGCAGCGGAGAGAGAAAUACAAAAGGAGGAAGAGCGUAUUAGACAGUCAUCAGGAAACAUGUCAGAGAAAGAGAUCAGACAUAAGGCUAUAAUCAGUGCAUUUAAGAGAUUUUGGAACAUAUUUGCUGGUCUCACAACAUAAAUGUCAUUGGUUUGGCUGUGGACAGAUUAUGUCGCAAUCAGUCAAGGAACAAUAGGACAAUUAUAGUUAUUAAUAUGAUUUUAAUCAAAGGUUUUUUUUCAACUCUGUUUUACUUUUGUUCACCAUGUAUGGCUUUGUGACUGUGUUUGAAACUUUUGUCUGCGUAAACAAUAAGAGUUCUGAAUUCUGUCUGAGGAGGCAAAACAAUCAUGGUGAAUUAUGAAAUAUUUUCAGAGGAUGAUGUGAUGAUCUCUGAAAACUUAAAUUGAUGAAUGAUCUGAAAUUAUCAGAAAGAGUUUAAGAAUCUCCUAUGGGGUUUGAAUUUGGAAAUCUGGACACAUUCUAUGUGUUCAGGUUUGAAUGAGAUAAGGUUUUAUUCCUUUUCUGUUUAUUUCUCCAUUAUAUGCUUGCUGUUUUGUUAUCAAAGAAUCAGUCAACAACAAAACAGCUGAUUACUCGUUUGUAGGAGUGGGCAUUGAAAAUUAGUUUUAAAUUGGAACCGUUUCUAAAGUUUCAGUUCCAGUGGAAUUAUUUAAUUGCCAUUCCAAUGUGUAAACAAGUGACCUGUUUUGACUUUGAGAAUCAAAGAAGCGGAAUCAGAAUCCUUGAGAUCCAAACGAUGUCCAACUCUACUCGUACGUCCUUUCUGGUAUCUUUUUUUUUCCCAUAAAACCAUGACCACUUGCUGGUCAGACUGUUGCUCUACCAAAUCACAGGAUUAAAGCUAUUGUGCCAUGUACAGGAAAGUCAAAGCCUACAGCUCAUAAUCUCUGUUUGUACACUUUUAAAUCAAGAUACCAGACAGAGCUUUGGUCUUAAUUUCUGAGGUUCCAGAAGCAACUGUUCUUGAAGAUAGGGCUAAAUUUCUGACUAUCUGACCUCUCUACUGUUACUGAAAUUUCUGUCAUUGUCAGAUGCUGUUACUUGGAGGUAGAAAUGUUGGUAUUUACACUGCAAUCUCAUUUUAUGAGAUCAGUGGAACAUAUCAUACUUAACAUAAUGAUAACCAACAUCAUAAUUUACUCUCACAACUUAGUCAUGUGCAGGACAGGUAAAGAUCAAAAUGUGGAGGAAAAAGUAGAAUCUGCACACUGAACAUGAGUGCCCACUAAAUAUUGGAAAAACCUUGUUGAUGUUUUGUUUGCUGCAAGGCUUGCCUUGCCGAAACAUCAGUGAGUUUAUUUAAAUAUUCAAUCAACUCAUGUUUAGUGUGCAGCUUCUGAGAAUUUUUGCUCUAAAAUUACAAAUGGAGGACUUCUAAUGCUGUUUGAAUAUUUUUCUAUUAUGGUUGUGUUACUUGAGUAUAUGUACUGAGUAUUUCCCCACCACUGGAUGCAUAUGUAUGUAUGUAUGUAUGUAUGCAUGUAUGUAUGUAUGUAUGUGUUUUAUUUAUCUGUGAGGUAAACUUUUCUGUUUACCUGCAUCUUCACAGGGAAUUCAAAGGUCAAAGUCCUUUAAAGCAGUUCAAAGUCUUUCACACAGAAUUGAUCACAAAACAGCAUUUACACUGAUAUACACCUGGAUCACAAGGCAGGUAGUCUUUCUUGCCUUGAUGUGGUCAUGGAGCUGACAGAUGAAAAGGGUCAAAAUGAUGGUUAUUGAAGAAAAAGAUGAAGAUGGCUUGGUAGAUGGUUGUAAAGUUGAACAUCUUUGCAAAGUACAUAUGAAAUGAUUCAAGGGACUCUGAUCAUUGUACAGUGAAGAAGAAAAAAGACAAUAAAAUCUGUUUGCUUAAGGGGGGCAGAAACUGGACCAAGGUUCAGAAGAUCUGCACCCACAUGCCUAGUUGAUUAUUUGAGUUGUUUAAUUUGAUUUAAUAAAUAAUAUUUAU